AUGCUGUACAAGACUUCCGGUCGCGUCUUGACUGCCGAAGAUGCGGUGGUUCGUCUUCAAUUGACGGCCGCCACAAUACCACUCUCGCGUCGGUCGCGUCAAAGCAAGAUGGACCGCCGGAAACGCUCGCGUGACGAGUUCGAGGGAGACAAUCUAAUGGGCAUCGGCGACACGGUUGCGCUACUUCGAGGCCCCGACGGAGGAGCCCAGAACCUGCCAAGCUCGCCAGAACAGCCUGAUGGCCAACAAACCAGCCAAGGCGACGGCGACAGCGAAGAGUGGCGGAAGGUCGAAAGCAGCAGAUCGAGAAAGCGCAAGAAGAAGGAGGAGAACCAGUAUCCCUCCAUCUCGCACUCACCUCACGCUCGCCUAAACUCAUAUGUCAAAAUCAAUGAUCUUCAGAACCUGGUCCUGUAUUUGCUUGCAGAUGGAACAGCUCCGCAGUGGUGUUCCAUCAAGAAUCAUGCUUCGGUCAAGAAGGUCGUCGCCCUUAUGGUUCCUGGGCUCGAGUCGGGUCAUUUUGAUGGCAGUUUGCCAUUGAGCACAGAGGGACCUUCCGACGAGACGACUGGAACAAGCAGCGACCAGCAAGAGGCAUCCCAGAACGAUGGUACCGAUGAUUGGACGCAAGUCAAUCAUGGCAGAAGCAGAGGCUCGCCAGACGACUUCUAUCCCACCAAGCUCGAUCAGAACCGCCUGCCCAGUCCCUUGCAGCCGUUGACAGAGGUAUUCGAGCACGUUUGGCCGGUCAAGACCCCGGGCGACGAUAAAUAUGCAAAGCUGCAUUCUCCUCUUGCCGCUAUGUUGAUCACCACUAUCGUCAAGCCGAAGGAAGACAAGCGAUCCAAAGGUCCACGGCCACCUGCAGCAAGCAAGACCUGGCAGAACCGGCGGACACCAGUAACAGAAUUAUUGGCCACGACAGAAGAACUCGAGGAAGAAGGCUACACAUUGCAUCCCGCGCAUUAUGUCGAUCCGUCUUCGGCAGCAUCAGAAGUUGCGCGCCGUGUCGCUGCAAACACCAGCACAGAUCAUGGAUGGGUCGACAUCCCGAACAUUCCAAAUCUCGAAGCAGGCGCCGUAGCAGAAGGUGAAAUACAGCAAGGCUCUGUCACUGUCGGCAGAAAGGUGCUAGCCAUGGACUGUGAAAUGUGCAUCACAUCACCCAAGGGCGUGACGCCGCAAGUGUUCAGUCUCACUCGGGUGUCGCUGGUUGAUUGGGACGGCCAGGUGGUACUUGACGAGCUUGUCAAACCCGAGAAUCCCAUUACAGACUACUUGACUGCCUACUCAGGUAUUACGCCGACAAUUUUGGAGAACGUCACGACUACCCUGGGAGACAUCCAGAAGGAGCUUUCCAGCAUCAUCACUCCACAAACCAUUUUGGUCGGCCAUUCCCUCAACAGUGACUUGAACGCCUUGCAAAUCACGCAUCCGUACAUCAUCGAUACCGCUCUCUUAUACCCACAUCCUCGAGGUCCACCGCUGAAGUCAUCUCUGAAAUGGCUAUGCCAGAAGUACCUUUCCAGGGAGAUCCAAAAGGGACAUGGCUCUACUGGUCAUAGCAGCGUGGAAGAUGCAAAGGCAGUCCUAGACCUUGUGAAACUGAAGACCGAGAAGGGCAAAGUCUGGGGUACGCCAGAGGCAGGUAGCGAAAGCAUCUUUAAACGUUUAUCUCGCUCGAUACGGCCCAAGCGGGACAAGGUUAAUGCUGCUGGAGAUGAUGAGCCUAAGGUAUCCGCUGUCGUUGACUGGGGCGAGCCUUCACGCGGCUACGGUCAACAAGCCAAGGUCACCUUUGGCUGUGAAAGUGAUGCAGAUGUGGUUAUUGGUAUCAAGCGUGCUCUAGAUGCCGAGGGUUACCAAGACCCAAAAGUACCAAAAGGGGGAUGCGAUUUUGUCUGGGCUCGCUUUAGGGAACUUGAAGCUCGUUGCGGAUGGUGGGAUCAGUCGAAACUGGUCGACAGUGAUGCGCUUCGUGCAUCCACAGUUGAUCGCGUUUCUGGAUUGUCGCUUGCUGCUGUUGUGAAGCAGACUUGCGAACGCAUUCGGGAAAUUUAUGAAGCCCUCACGCCAUGCACGGCAUUUGUUGUCUACAGCGGCUCGGGUGAUCCGACAGCUCUUCGGCAGAUGCAGGCCUUGAAUCACAAGUUUAAAGAGGAGUACAAAGUGAAGAAGUGGGACCAGCUCAGCGUCCAGUGGACUGACGUCGAAGAGCAGAAGCUGAGAAGAGCUUGCGAUACCGCUCGCAAAGGCAUCGCUUUCAUGGGCAUCAAGUAG